AUGAAAACUCUCUUUAGAUCACAGGAGUUAUGGAGCAUUGUUGAAGAUGGCUUUAUUGAUAAUGCACCAGUAGAGCCAGAUCAAGAAUUGAGAGACAAGAGAAAGAAGGAUGCAAAGGCACUUUACAUCAUUCAGCAAUCUCUGGAUGAUGAAGUGUUCCCAAGAAUUGCAGCAGCUUCUACAGCAAAAGAAGCUUGGAGCACUCUCAAGCAAGAAUACUUGGGAGACAAGAAGGUGAUUGCAGUGAGAUUGCAGUCUCUUAGAAGAGAGUUUGAGACGUCUCAGAUGAAAGAAAAGGAGACUGUCCAGGAGUAUCUCUCACGUGUGUCAAGCACUGUCCAGCAAAUGAGGUCAUAUGGAGAAGAGAUCAAAUCUCAACAAGUUGUGAGCAAGGUGCUAAGAAGCCUCACAAACAAAUAUGAUCAUGUGGUGACAGCAAUUGAAGAAUCCAAAGACAUGGAAACUUAUACCUUUGAUGAAUUGAUGGGGUCUCUUCAAGCUCAUGAAGAGAGACAUUCCAAAGGUGAUGACAAGAAAGAGGAGAAAGCCUUCCAUGUCAAAGGAGAGUCUUCAAACAAGGAGAAACCAUAUCAGAACUAUGGAAGAGGAAGAGGAAGAGGAGGCUACAGAGGGAGAGGCCGUGGAAGAGGCCAAUCCAAUGAUGGAAGAGAGGAGUCUUCCAAAAGAAAUUACAAGGGGCCUAUAAAAUGCUACUACUGCAACAAACCAGGGCAUAAGGAGGCUUCUUGUUGGAAAAAAGAUGAAGACAAGGAGAAAGGAAAGCAGGAGCAAAAGUCAAAUUAUGCUGAGCAAGAGAAUCUGUUCUUGGCUCAACAUAAUUGUGAUAAAGCAGGAGAUACUGUCUGGUAUGUGGACAGUGGAUGUUCCAAUCACAUGACCAGCUCAAGAACUAUGUUUCAGAAUCUUGAUGACAGCAAGAAAAGUGUUGUCAGGCUUGGAGAUGGAAAGCAAUUGACAGUUGAAGGGCUUGGCACAAUUGUUUUUUCAACUGAGCAAGGAAAAUCAAAGCUCCUGCAUAAUGUUCAGUAUGUGCCAAAACUGGCACACAAUCUUCUAAGUGUUGGGCAACUAGUUUGUGGCGGCUACAAAGUUGUAUUUGAAGAUGACAUGUGUGUGAUCAAGGAAAAGCAAAGCAAUGAGGCAUUGAUGAAAAUUGCAAUGGGAAAGAAUAAAGUCUUUCCAUUGGAUCUGACAAGAAGUGCAGGCCUUUGUUCUUGGCUCAACAUAAUUGUGAUAGAGCAGGAGAUACUGUCUGGUAUGUGGACAGUGGGUGUUCCAACCACAUGA